ACUGCUCUUCCAGAGGACCUGGGUUCAAUUCCCAACACCCACAGGGCAGCUCAUCACUGUGUGUAACUCCAAGAUCUGAUAUCCUCACUGUAGACAAAACACUAAAAAGCACAUGAAAUAAAAAUAAAUUCAUUUUUUCCUUAAAAAGAAAACAAAACAAACCCAGCUGGUUCAUUAACCAGAUUCUAAAGUCACAAGCCUGAAGUAAAGCUAACAGCAUUGACAAUUCUUUGAAGAAUAUAAAGCUUGCUAUUGGUGCCAUCGGCCAGAAUCCGAAAGCAAGGUUGACUGACGAAUGUGUGAACUGAAAUAGGCUUCGUGUUUUGUGUUUUCCAGUUGCCAAGAAGCUUGCAAGUGAAUAUGGCUUAAAACGUCUGUCAGUAGGAGCCGCGCUGCGUAGCAUGUUAAGCAAUCACCCAGAUACAGAGCUGUCACUCAUGAUCAACUGGCACCUGCACAAGGGAAUGACAGUGCCGGAUGCACUUGCUAUUCAAGCUCUAGACCUCUCCCUGAUGGAAAGUGUGUGCAAUACUAUAGGUGUGGUCAUUGAUGGCUACCCUGUAACCACGAACCAGAUGAAUAUCUUGGAGACGAGGUCAAUCAUUCCUAUGGUCAUCUUUGAGUUGGACGUGCCAUCCAAGGAGAUAUUCAAGAGGUUGCUCUUCGAGAGGAAGAUGGAGCAGAGGUAAUCUUCCUGAGGGGACUGUGGGACUGGGGUGACCCUGACCAUGCAUACAGGGGAUGUCGCAGGCCUUCAACAACUUGUCCACCCCUGCCCUGUUUCCUUCUUAGUACACCUUAUCCACUGCACAACAGCACACAGAUUAUAGCUUACAAGAAUGCCAAGUACCGUAAAAAUGUCAGUGAGAUCAGGCAGUUUUAUCGAGAACAGCAUCAAAACUGGCAUGUGAUUGAUGGAUUUCACAGUAAGUGGUGGGUGUGGAAUGAAGUCAUUACAGACAUCCAGCAGAUGAAUAAGUACAUACAGACAUACAUGGAAAGAAUAAAGGAAGGUAAGAAAAUGUUAUUGUGUGUGUAUGUGUGUGUGUUCGUGUGUGUGUGUGUGUGUGUAGCUGAGUAUGAAGGCCAGAGAACAACCUCAGGUGUCUAAAAGAAAGGGGGGGGGAUAGAUAGGAGCCUAGCAAGAUACUGUGAGACCAAGUGAUAGAUCCACAGCUCUGUGUCCAACAUCUGAAACCACAGUUCAGCAGCCCCUCCCACCUCGAGGAUACCCAUGUAUGGCCCACAUGACCUCUCUCUUGGGCUGGCUCCAUCUUCAGCUUUCCUCAGCAGACCUUCCAUAUCCUUGGCAUCCCUAACAUCCCUGCACAUUCAUUGUGUUUUAUUUGCAACAAUACAUUUCCGUCACAUAAUCCACUCGGUUUGGGUAC